AUUGAAGAAAAGGUCGAAAGAAAUAAUGGGACCCCGAGAAAUUCGAAAAUUCAGGAUUAUUUUAAACCGGCAAGAGAAACCGAAAAACAAGUUAAACUUAGAAAUUCAAUCAAUAAAAGCUGAAGUUAAUAAGAUAAAAGAAGAAAAUAAUAGUUAUAAAGAAGAGAUGAAGAUAAUUGGUUACAAGAUACAAAAAUUAGAAGAAAAUUAUAAAAAUAACGAAAAGAUAAAAGGUAUGUUGGAAUUCGAAUUUGAUAAAUUGGUAAAUGAGACUACAAAUAAGAAUAUAAUAAUUUUUAAUUUUCCGGUUAAAACAUGGAACGUUGUUCAAGAAAUCAAACAAUUUAUUAACGAAGAAUUAGGUCUAAAAAAUAUAGAAAUUGAAGGACUAGUUCAACUUAAAAAUAGUAAGAAUAACCUAAUAAUAAAAGUAAUUCUGGAAUCUGUAAAAGAUAGAAAUUUAGUUCUCAAAAGAUUUUGGACUUUGAAACCAAAAAUUGUUAAUGAAACCGAGAAAAAAAUAAUAAUUACAACGGAUUUGUGUAUUAGAUCAAGAAUUAGAAGAAAAAAACUACAGGAUCAAAUUAAAGUGGAAAAAACUACUAAAAAUAAAAUAUUAAUAAGAGAUGAUUACUAUAUUAAGGAUAAUAUAAUAUAUACAAUUGAUAUGAAUACAAACAAGAUUCUUCAAAUGGAUUGUUCUCUUAGAAAUACACAGACGAUUAAAAAGAACAGGACUGACAAGAGAAUCAUACCGAAUUAAGUUUAUAUUCCUCUAAUAAGAAAACAGUAAUUGAAAAAAAUUGUAAUAAAAGCUUAGUAAAACUGGAAAAUAGUAAAGUAAAAGUAAAGGAAAAAAUGUUAGUAAUGUAAUGGUAGUAAAAAUAUGAGAGAGUCUAACAAAAAAAAAAAAAAUCUGUCCAAUAGGGUUUUGGAAAAAUAUAUAUAGGGUCUUUGCGAAAAAAUUAUAAAGUAUUACUAAAGAAAUUUAUAGACCCUAACAUAAUAAUUGGUUCUACGGUAACCUGUAUGAUAAUUUGAAGUGACAGUCAAAGUUAAUAAUUAAUAAACACUUGAUCAUAGUAUUUAGUAAAGCAAAAAAUGAAGAAAUAAGAAUAAAUUAAUCUACUAUGUUAAAGUAGCUAUCAUAAAUAUAAAUUUAAUAACGAAAAUAAGAUCUAUGUAAUGUAAAAACAUUGAGAUAUUGUAUACGGAAUAAUGAAUAAAUUUGAAGUGUAUUUAAAACAGGUAAAAAGGUACAUACUGAAUGUGAUGUAUAAGUUAAAAUAUAAUUAGUUGUAGAAAUAAAUCUAUGUAGAUAAUCAAGAAAUUGUGAAAUCCAACCACCCUGAUUGUAACAGACGGAAGGCGAAUGCUCAUCGAAAAGUUAAUGUAUGUAAAGUUCUAAUAAUUGUGUAAACAUCCCCCUUGUAACAGGCUAUUGCCUAUUACGUUAAU